UGUGGGGUCCAGAUGGCUUGUUUAUGUCCAGUGAGUUGAAGAGCUGGUCUGAGAGCAGGCAGUACUGCAGAGAUCGAGGAGCUGAUCUGGUCAUUAUCAACACUGAAGAGAAGCAGAGGCACAUAACUUCAUUAGUCAAUGAGAGAGUUUGGAUUGGUUUGACUGAGAUUGAGAACGAGGGGAUCAUAAAAUGGGUGGAUAAUUCACCACUGAAACAAGGGUUUUGGGCUCAAGGUGAGCCGAAUAACUAUGGUGGUGCACAUGAGAACUGUAUUGAAAUGAAUCCUGGAAAACACACCCUGAACAACUGGAAUGAUCUCAAAUGCUCUGAGAAGAGAAAAGGGAUUUGUGAGAAAUAGGGAUCAUCCUGUUUUUUCAUGCUUAAACUUGUAUUAUCUUAUGGAUUCAAUCAAUAGUGAUCACAUAAUUCAUUAUUAAGAGUCCUGUCUUUUAAAACAAUGCAAGUUUAAUUCA